AUGACGUCGAAGCUGCUGCAAGAGCUCAAAUGUUUACCAGAGGCCUCAACUGAGCUCCCGUUCAACACUCGUAUUUGGCUGGCAGACAUGUGGUUGUUCUCGGUACUCUGUUCGACGGUGCUACCAGCUGUCAUCAGCUCCGCUGCGGUGAUUGAGCCCCAGGUCCCCUUGUCACCCACAACCGCUCUCCCAAUCCCUCUCCUCGGGUUUGGGACAUGGAACCUCAAAGUCGAUCCCUCGAACACGACCGCGGCUGUAGCCAAAGCAAUCGAGGUGGGCUACAGGCACAUAGAUUGUGCGGCAGCUUACGGCAACCAACCAGCUGUAGGGAAAGGCAUUGCACAAGGGUUGUCGACGGUGGGGCUUGAGAGGAAGGACAUAUGGGUUACGUCGAAGCUUUGGAAUGAUCACCAUGAACCGGACAAAGUGGAAGAUGGCCUUGAUGACACGCUGAGGGAUCUGGGCCUGGACUACUUGGAUCUAUACCUUAUGCACUGGCCUGUAGGCAACACAGGCGAGGAUGGCGAACUCGAAUUCGACUACAUACCCACAUGGCACGCCAUGGAACACCUCCUCUCCACCAAGAAAGUCAAACACAUCGGGGUCUCCAACUUCUCGCCCUCUCAACUAAAACGCCUGAUCGCCAACUCGACCACCAAGCCCGCCGCGCACCAGAUGGAGCUGCACCCCUACCUACAGCAGCAGUGGUGGGUCGACUUCCACCAACACCUCGGCAUCCACGUAACCGCCUACUCCCCCCUCGGCAACCUGAAUCCCACCUACAAAGACAGUAGCAGCAGCAGCAUCUCCUUCUCCCCCUCAAAGAAGAAGGAAAAACCCAAGACCCCUCCCCUCCUCCUCGACAACCUCGUCCUCAAAGAAAUCGCGACGGAGCGGAACUGCACGAUUCCGCAGGUUGCGCUGGCGUGGGGCAUGGGACGAGGCACGUCUGUAAUCCCGAAGAGCAGCCACGAGAAGUGGAUCAGGGAGAACUAUGGCGCGAAGAGCUGUGCGUUGGUGGAGAAUGAUGUUGAGGCGAUUGAGAGGGUGGGGAGGCAAUACUUGCAUCGAUUCAACAAUCCGGGGAAGGGGUGGCAUGUCAAGUUGUUUGAGGGGCUAGAUGGGGCGUGA